AUGAUUUCGUCCAAGGCAAACACGCUGCGCUGCAUCAUGGCUUGUGCUGGGCUGGCGGCUUACCCAGAAGCACAGGAUCUUGGGAUGUGUUUCGUGACUCCUCAUGUAUCCCAUCGCGGUAUGUCCUUAACUCCGAGACACAGAGGCGCCUUGACCGCAGUAGUAAUACACAAGCCCGGUGUGGGGCCUCAUAUAGAAAACACUGCGUACCUGAACAGCAUCAUACAACCACAACAUAAAAACUGGCAAGCGCACGACGAGUGGUCGACAUGUGACGCAGAGGUUGUCAGGUGA